AGAACUUACUCAUUUUAUUUAUCAACUCAUUUUAAACAGUAUGAUCAAUGCCAAAUUGCGAUGUUGAUUGUCAACAUGUUUUUUCGGUUAGAAUCAGGCUUUUGCCACUUUUUAUUUUCAUUCUAUAACUAACGUUAAAACUAAUGGGUUCAAAAGAAAGGAGUAUUGUUGCAAAACUUAUAGAAAUUGUGAAUUACGUCGUGAAGAAUAAAAGUUUAUUUCAAAAUUAUUUGAAGGACAAUAACAAUUUUAUCCAAUCUUAUUUAAAUGUCAGAGCAAGUUUUUACAACUUAUUUUUGGACAAUGAGAAAUCAGAUUUCAAAUCAGAUUUGCGGAAAUUACAAAGUAUUCAGAAGGUAAUAGAAGUAAAUUCCGAAGAAAAAGGAGAAGUAAAGAAAAGCAACUAUGGGUUUGACUUGACUAAGUUAAUUGGUGACUUGACUUCUUCCUCAAAGAAGAGUGGUGUAAAAAAAACUCCAAGAUGGAAAACUCAUCCUCCUGCUGUCACUCGAGAAGAAAUAAAUGCUCAGACUCAACACUUGCUGAGUUCUUUGGCAUCUUCAGAAUCAGUUUCUGUUCGAUUAAAGCGUUUGGAAGAUCUAUUAAAUCAUUUAAUCUGCCAUCCCACUGCAAAAAACUUUGCUGUCAAGAAAGGAGCAAUUGGAAUCCUUUUAUUUAUUCGAAAGCAUACUAACGAUGUGCCUACACAUGAAACAAUUCUACAAACUCUUACAAUACUUGGCUAUGCAGAUCCUCCACGUUCCAAUGGGAUUAGAAUUUUGUCAAUAGAUGGUGGAGGCAUGAGGGGAAUUGCUGUAAUAAGAAUGUUGCAAAGGAUUGAAGAAAUAUCUGGUAAAAAAAUAUGUGACUUAUUUGAUUUUAUCUGUGGUGUGAGCACAGGGGCUAUUAUAACAAGUUGCUUGAUUCCACCUAACAACAUGUCACUGGAUCGCAUUUAUGAUCUCUAUAGAGAGUUAAGCUCACGUGUAUUCAAUCAAAGUGCUUUUUGGGGGGCUAGUAUGCUGUUAUGGAGUGGUGGUUAUUAUGAUACUUCUCUGUGGGAAAAAAUUUUAAGUGACCAUGUUGGUAAAUUAACUUUAAUUGAUUCAGCCAAAGAACCUCUUUGUCCCAAGGUUGCUAUAGUUUCAACAAUUAUUAACCAGUCUAAAAUAAUUCCAUUCGUUUUCCGAAACUAUGCAGAGCCAUAUAACAGGAGCUCAGAAUAUGUUGGCUCAUGUAGAAAUACCAUCUUUGAAGCUGUGCGUGCUUCUGCAGCUGCUCCAACUGUUUUUGAAGAAUUCAAAAUUGGAGAUCUAAUGCAUCAGGAUGGUGGAUUAGUAGUUAACAACCCUACUGCUAUAGCAUUACAUGAAGCUACAACGUUAUGGCCGGAGGAAUCUGUUAGUUGUGUUGUUUCCAUUGGCACCGGCAGAUACGAACCUAUUUUAACCAUUGAUGAAUCAAUUGAAUCAUCAAAGAGUUCAUCAUGGAAACUUAUUUUCACAAAAAUUUUGGAGAGUGCUACAGACACUGAAGCUGUACACAGAAUACUAAAUGAUUUGCUGCCAGACGAUACUUAUUUCAGGCUGAAUCCCCACAUGUCUCGUCUAAUGACUAUGGAUGAAAUAAGUGAAUUAAAAAUUUUGGAACUGGAAAAGGAUACAAAAAUGUAUUGUAGAAGAAAUGAAGAUAAAUUUUAUGAUAUGGUUUCCAAAUUAAGCUCUUCUCGCUCACCACUGAAGAAAUUUAAGGAUUACAUGAAUUUAAAGCUUAAAUUGCUAGGCUUUACAUUGUAAUAAUUAAUGAUUUUAUUGAUAUGUUAAUACUUUUAUUUGUUAAAUAAUAUAUUAUUUAUUUUUUUUAUUGUCUUUGUUUAUCAUUAGUAAAUAUUUAAAUAACCCAGUA